AUGCAGGAUAAUACUACCCCGACCCUGAAAUUCACAAACGUACAAGAUCUGUUCGACGCCAUUAAUAACAGUCGUGGAGAUUUCCUGACUGUAACAGAUAUUGACCUGGAACAAGUCUCUGAAAUCAAUCGUGAACGGGAGCAGCGACGCUCCAAGAUCCGCUUUCGUCGCUAUGAUGUUGAUACCCGGAUCUUGUUCAUCACGAUCCCUAACCUGCUACACGAGCGCCUGCAUCUCCAACUUUAUCGCCAGUAUAUCGCCCAUCUCGUACGAAACGAUUUAGGUGAGGCUUGGGCUGAAAUAGGUCCUACUACACUUCGACAACAAGGUGCUCCUAGAGGAUCUGGUGGGGAGGGCGAUUCAGCGGGUGGCCCGGACCCCGAACGGUCAGGCUUAAACAGCUGGCCAACACUGGUUAUUGAAGCCGGCGACUCAGAAACCCUCCAGGAGCUUCAUCGCGAUAUGGAGUGGUGGUUUUUGGCCUCAAACCACGAUGUCAAGAUCGUCCUUCUGGUGAAAUUCAACCACCAGCAACAGCAGAUUUUGAUCGAGAGAUGGGAGGAGGAACUUUUAGUCCAAGGACCGAUGACACGGGCGCGGCAUGCUGCGAUAUUACAGCAGGGCGGCAGUUUCCAGCCGGUAAAGCGGCAAGAGAUCUUUAUCGCCCGUGAUGAGACGACGGAUCCCCCGUCAUACAAUGUUGUUAGGGAUCCAUUGAGGCUUGAGUUCCGUCUUCUCUUUCUGCGUCAUCCAAUUCCACCUGAAGCAGACGUUGUGAUCAGCAUUCAGGGCCUGCAGCGGUUUGCAAGGAAGGUCUGGGCGGCGGUGCCGGAACAAGACUAG